AGAGGUGGCACAGAUGGCAGAGAGAAAUGGCGAAUCUAUCCAUGUGGUUUAUACCGUGGGAAGUGAAAAUAAAAGAGAUAGAAUCACAUUUUGGAUCAGUGGUCGCGUCUUAUUUCAUAUUUUUGAGAUGGCUGUUCUGGGUGAAUAUAGUGAUAUCAGUAGUUUUGAUAUCUUUUGUGGUCAUACCAGAGAUGCUAGUGGCAGACCCAAAAGCCGCAGGCAGCCGAAAAUUCAUCCUGAAAGAAGAACGAUACAACGCAACGAACUUUAUGACUCUUUGGGAGUUUGAGGGCGUGUUGAAAUACUCCCCGCUUUUUUACGGUUGGUACACGAACAGCGAUCCUAAUGCAGGAGGGUACAGACUUCCGUUUGCUUAUUUUGUGACUGGGCUUAUGGUGUACGCUUACAGCUUUUGGGCUACUCUGAGAAAGAUGGCAGAAAAUUCUCGUAUGUCAAAGUUAUCGGAGAAGGACGACGAAUACGUUUUUUCAUGGAAAUUGUUUACUGCUUGGGAUUAUAUGAUCGGCAACGCAGAGACAGCUCAUAACAGAGUAGCCUCAAUCAUUAUGGGAUUCAAAGAGGCAUUAUUGGAGGAGGCUGAGAAGAAAAGGGACAAAAGAAAUUGGAAAGUGAUAUGCUUCAGGGUACUGGUAAACACAGUUGUGAUAGGCUUGCUAUCAUUCUCAGUUUUUGCUGUAGUAAUGGUAGUGAAACGAUCCACCGAACCAGAAGCAAACAGCACAUUUUGGAGAAAAAAUGAAAUCACUAUCAUUAUGUCACUGAUAACCUUGGUAUUCCCUAUGCUAUUUGAAGUUCUUGGAUUUGUCGAGCAGUAUCAUCCGAGGAAGCAGUUGAGGCUACAGUUGGCUAGAAUCAUGGUACUGAAUCUCUUGAAUCUAUAUUCGCUUAUAUUCGCACUGAUUGACAAGAUUAGUGACAUGGCAGAAGAGUUGGAAGAGUUCAAAAAUAUCACAAUGGAAAUGAAAGCAGCCAGAGCCGCAAAUAAGCUUUCUUCCAUCCAAACUUCAACUUUGCAUACUACGACAGCUAUUAUCAGUACUUCUACAUCUACAACUCCAUCAUAUUCACCUGUGACAGAAUGCUACUUAGUCUGCAAUGAUUCAGAUACCCAGUUUAUGCAUGGAGAUAAUUUAGUCUAUGACCUUGCCAACAACAUCUCGCAUGGUGUCUUGUCUACCUUUUUAGACCUGGUCACAGAAAUUAACGUUCAGAAUGUCACUGACUAUCUGAACUCUACCGUCAAUAGUAUUUCUACAAGUUUUGAUAAUGCUACAGAAGAAUAUUUUCCCAGCGACGUGUUCUUCAGUUUGAAAGAAUUUUUCUUGGAUUAUCUCACAAACAUUUUAGACCAAUUCAAUAUUGAAAACAACACAAUAACUACAAAUGUAUAUGAAAACAAUACCACCAACUUUACUGACUACUCCUUCAACGCAACUGAUUCUUUACUAAAUGCGACAGACUACGAGUUAUUUAAAACAACUAUGCUACCAGUACUUUUAAACUUUACAAACCUGACAGACAUAUCUGACGACAGGUUUGAUAUUGAUGCUACUUUAUCGACAAUAUUUGAAAACGUUACCAACGCUGUAAGCAACGUAUCUGAUUUGACGACUUUGAGCCCAAGAUGUAAGGAAAUAUGUAACGCUGUGUCUGCAGAGAAUGACACAACAUUUUUCGGAUCAUACAAUGACGGUACGGAUCUCAAUUUGACAUAUGAAGUAACUACAACUACUGCAAUAGUCGAAACUAGUCUCAAUUAUUCCAUGAGAGCUAGACUCAGAAGCUUAUGUUGGGAGACAAUGUUUGGGCAAGAACUGAUCAAAUUGACUGUUAUGGAUCUGAUCAUGACAAUAUUCCCGACAUUAGCUAUCGAUUUUUUUAGAGGGCUGUUUGUCAGGUUUAUGAACAGGUGUUGGUGCUGGGACCUGGAGAAGAAGUUUCCUCAAUAUGGAGACUUCAAAGUGGCAGAAAAUAUACUUUCUCUAGUGAACAAUCAAGGAAUGGUGUGGAUGGGAAUGUUCUUUUCUCCAGGUCUAGUGCUUUUAAAUGUCAUCAAGCUGUACAUUAUGAUGUAUUUCAGAACGUGGGCUGUGUUGACCUGCAAUGCACCUCCAGAGGUCAUAUUUAGAGCUUCUAGGUCCAACAACUUUUAUUACGCACUACUACUGAUGAUGUUGUUCCUCUGCGUCCUGCCAGUAGGCUAUGCAAUAGUUUGGAUCAAGCCGUCUUGGCAUUGCGGACCAUUUUCUCAGUACGAAAGGAUCUUCCACAUAUUCACUAAAACGAUCAGAAACACCGUUCCUGUAUCACUACAGAAGGUGUUGGACUACAUCGCUUCACCAGGCAUCGUGAUACCGUUGCUAGUUUUGUUGAUACUUAUUAUAUACUACCUGGUGUCUUUGACAAACGCUCUAAGGAACGCCAACGAAGAAUUGAAGAUUCAGCUGCGUAAAGAAAGGACGGAAGAGCGACGAAAAAUGUUCCAAAUUGCAGAUAGAAGGCGAAAAGGAGGUUCAGGAGAAUCUACAGAUCUGCCAAAUGCUCCGUUUAACAAAUGGAAAAAGCUACUUAAUAAUCUGCCAAACGCUAGAAGUUUUGAUGAAACGCCUAAGCAAGAUACCGAUGAGGUUACUCCACCCAAAGAAGAAAAGCCUGAGAGCAGAAAUAAAGAAUACUUCAAAGUACCUAUGAGAUUUCUUCUCAAAGCUCAUCAAGAGAGCUCUAGGAAAAUCUUCAACAUCUGACGAAGACCAAAACGUUGAAGACGAAACUGACACAGAACAACACGAUUCCUUACCAUACGACUCUGGAACCAAACCCCAUAAGGCCCUAAAGCAGUCCAACUCCAGCAGUUCAGAUUUCCAAGCUCUAACACAAAGAAUGUUAGACAUCAAGAGGAAUUCUAGUGUUGUUAAAAAGAACGAUAAUGAUGACGAAGUUGGUGAAAAGGAAGUUGGGCCAAAGAAAAGGGACAGAGUUGAAGCAACUUCGUCUAGAAAGAGACAAGAUUCGGAAACGUCGUCCAUAUGGUCUGAAAACAUACCUGUUAUAAAGAUUAGUAAGACUGAUAGCACUGAGAAAAUUAUCAACGAUGAAAGUAAGAAGCAAAAAUCGGAGGGUAAGUUUAAACCCAAAGUAAAGUGCGCUUUGAAAAAGCAACAUGCUGAGGUUGACGAAGACACGAUAUGCUUCUUUGGAAACGAUCUUGAAAGAAAAGCGAUCGAAGAAGAAACGAUUAAAGAAAUUGUUAGUGAGAGUAUUGAGGAAGAUGAUAGUAUUGAUCAAGUUGAUGUUAGAGAAGAAAUCACUGAUAAGUCCUCUUCAGACCGAGAUGAUAGCUGUGAUACUGUGCUUAGUGUGUCUUGUAGGAAAGAAAACUAAUUUGUCUUUAUAUUAUAAGUGUAGAUGGAAUGUUAGUGUAGAUUAUGAAGCUUUGUUAUAUGUUGGAUACGUCUAUGUAGUACCAAUAAAGAUGUGUG